AUGUUUGUAGCAAUUGCAUUCUUUCUUCUUGCAAUAGCAAAGCAGAUCAACGUAGUGAAGAUCCCCUGUGACGCACAGGUCGUAGAGCACCUGGACAUCGACGGAACUCAGAUGGAGCUUGCUGUGGUGAAUCCAUCGAACUUCCAGGAGCUCAUCAUGACCCUGAAGGUGUGUGGAGUUGAGAAGGCCAAGGUUGGUGGCUACAACGACCAUCUUAUGCCAAUGGUUCUCUACCAGAAUGGUGCAGUGGUUCCAUUUGACCCAAACUACCCUUUGAACUACGCAUUGUACAUCAAUAAGUGUGAAUGCGACUACAAGGUGAUUUGUGCCUAUUCCACUGAUGGAUUCAAGGAGUGCAAAUACUACGAAGUGUGUUACAACUUUGGUAAGGCGUGUGAUACAACUAUCUGUGUACCAGAAAGUAAGCCAAAUCCAUGUCCACCUGUGCCAAUUUGUCCACCUGUACCAAUUUGUCCACCUGUACCAAUAGUUCCUAAUCCGCCUGUAAUAAGAAAGUGUCCUUAUUACAGUAAGAGAAUGAACAUUUGCAAGGAUCUCAAGAAUGGCACCCUGAGAGUUGCCUCAAUCAGUGCGAAGACAUUCGUGUACGAGGAGCGUGGACCGUGUCUGAGUGUCUAUGGCGAAAGCAACCUCGCUUUCGUCGAGAACAUCGACCUGAGAAGGAAGUCAGACGGAAGAAUCCCUCGUAUCCUCUACGACAGGCGAUACUUGGANUGUCCACCUGUGCCAAUUUGUCCACCUGUACCAAUUUGUCCACCUGUACCAAUAGUUCCUAAUCCGCCUGUAAUAAGAAAGUGUCCUUAUUACAGUAAGAGAAUGAACAUUUGCAAGGAUCUCAAGAAUGGCACCCUGAGAGUUGCCUCAAUCAGUGCGAAGACAUUCGUGUACGAGGAGCGUGGACCGUGUCUGAGUGUCUAUGGCGAAAGCAACCUCGCUUUCGUCGAGAACAUCGACCUGAGAAGGAAGUCAGACGGAAGAAUCCCUCGUAUCCUCUACGACAGGCGAUACUUGGAAUUCGUAAUGGCGUAUUUCACCAGAACAUUCGGAAACAGGAUCUGUCUCUUCGUAGACUGCAAGUCACGCGUGUACAUCAACGAGAACAACCACCUUUACGAGGUGAUCAACAGAAAUGGAUCAAAUCCAUCCUACAGGUACGUGAACCAGGGUGAGGCAAAUGAAUUGGCAAAGCAGGGGCUCUAUGGGGUUGAGUUCAAGAAUGACGCCCUUCGCAUCCUAAAUUGA